AUGCUCAAAAAACUAAUUUUCGUGCCAAUUUUGGUUUUCUACUGCGUAGCUGCUGAACCAAUAUGCACAAAUGGGUUCACUUUGGUCAAUAAUAAAUGUCUGAAACUAAUGAGCACCACUACAAACUACAAUUCUGCGGAACAAUAUUGUCGGGGAUUUGGAGCCACUUUGAUGACAGUUAAGGAUUCUGUGGAAAAUGACGAUAUCAAAACCUUCCUCAAAUCCUCUGCUUCCAUGGUCUGGAUGGGAAUAUACUGUAUUACAAAUGAGCAAUGUUUCUGGGAUGAUUCAUCGAAAAAUGUCUCUAAUUAUUCGAAUUUCGCAACAGGUUUUCCACUGACCGACGAGGGAAAUUGUGUGUAUUUCGCCGUUGCAACUGGAAAAUGGAUCAGUGGAGAUUGUGAUUCUCAACAGAGAGCCUCUGUCUGUGAGAUGCCAACUACAGUAGCCGACAAAUAUUUCCAGAUGACUGCCCGAACAACUUCAAUGGCAAUUGCUACACCUUCCACGACAAACAAAAAUUCGGCGACGCUCAAAAAAUCUGUCAGCAGGAGUCUGGAAAUUUAG